AUGGGCUGCAAGGGUCUGCUGGGCCUUGGGCAGCAGCUGCUGCGCCGCAAGGUGGUAGACUGCAGCCGGGAGGAGAGCCGGCUGUCCCGCUGUCUCAACACCUUCGACCUGGUGGCCCUGGGCGUGGGCAGCACACUGGGCGCUGGUGUGUAUGUGCUGGCCGGCGCCGUGGCCCGUGAGGAUGCCGGCCCUGCCAUCGUCAUCUCCUUCCUCAUUGCAGCACUGGCCUCGGUGCUGGCUGGCCUCUGCUAUGGCGAGUUCGGGGCUCGCGUCCCCAAGACGGGCUCGGCCUACCUGUACAGCUAUGUCACCGUGGGUGAGCUCUGGGCCUUCAUCACUGGCUGGAACCUCAUCCUCUCCUACAUUAUCGGUACUUCCAGCGUGGCGAGAGCCUGGAGCGCCACGUUCGACGAGCUCAUCGGCAAGCCCAUCGUGGAGUUCUCGCGGACGCACAUGGCCCUGAACGCCCCCGGAGUGCUGGCUGAAAACCCAGACGUGUUUGCUGUGGUCAUCAUUCUCAUCCUGACAGGACUGCUCACUCUGGGAGUGAAGGAAUCGGCCAUGGUCAACAAGAUCUUCACGUGCAUCAACGUGCUGGUGUUGGGCUUCAUCAUGGUGUCGGGCUUCGUGAAGGGGUCCAUCAAGAACUGGCAGCUCGCCGGGGAGGACUUCCGGAACGCGUCCGGGCACCUGUGCCUGAACAAUGACACGAAGGAAGGGAAGCCUGACGCCGGGGGAUUCAUGCCCUUUGGAUUCUCUGGCGUCCUGUCGGGCGCGGCGACCUGCUUUUACGCCUUCGUGGGCUUCGACUGCAUCGCCACCACAGGGGAAGAAGUCAAGAACCCCCAGAAAGCCAUCCCCGUGGGCAUCGUGGCGUCCCUCCUCAUUUGCUUCGUGGCCUACUUCGGGGUGUCGGCCGCCCUCACACUCAUGAUGCCGUACUUCUGCCUGGACAAGGACAGCCCCUUGCCGGACGCCUUCAAGCACGUGGGCUGGGAGGGCGCCAAGUACGCGGUGGCCAUCGGCUCCCUGUGCGCACUGUCCACCAGUCUUUUAGGUUCCAUGUUUCCCAUGCCUCGAGUUAUUUACGCCAUGGCUGAAGAUGGGCUGCUAUUUAAAUUUUUGGCCAAAAUCAACGACAGGACCAAAACUCCAAUUAUAGCCACGUUAACCUCGGGGGCCAUCGCCGCUGUGAUGGCCUUCCUCUUCGACCUGAAGGACCUAGUGGACCUUAUGUCCAUCGGGACUCUCCUGGCUUACUCCUUGGUGGCUGCCUGCGUGUUGGUCUUACGGUAUCAGCCAGAGCAGCCUAACCUGGUAUACCAGAUGGCCAGAACCACAGAUGAGCUCGAUCAAGUGGACCAGAGUGAACUGGUGAACAACACUGACUCUCAGACAGACAUUUUACCAGAUGCAGAGAAAUUUUCUUUGAAAACCAUGCUGUCGCCAAAAAAUACGGAGCCUUCCAAGUUUUCAGGGCAAAUCGUGAACAUCUCGACCUGCCUCAUAGCCAUCCUCAUCAUCACCUUCUGCACUGUGGCCGUGCUGGGAAGUGAGGCGCUGGCAGCUGGGGGGCUGUGGGCCAUCUUCAUGCUCACAGGCUGCGUCCUUCUCUGUGCCAUGGUCACUGGGAUCAUCUGGAGGCAGCCUGAGAGCAAAACCAAGCUCUCCUUCAAGGUGCCCUUCCUGCCGCUUCUCCCCAUCCUGAGCAUCUUGGUGAACGUGUACCUCAUGAUGCAGCUGGACCGGGGCACGUGGGUGCGGUUCGCCGUGUGGAUGCUUGUCGGCUUUGCCAUCUACUUUGGCUACGGCCUGUGGCACAGUGAGGAGGCGUCCCUGGCCGCUGACCCAGCAAGGACUCCUGAUGGCGAGUUGGGUCACUGCAAGUGACGGCACAGCCCCCGCCCCCCAGGGACGCCUGCGAGGGCUGGAACGCACCUUCACCCCUGCCGCCUGUGGGACAGGAAAAACCCAACUCCAGAGAGCAGCACAAGGUGCCUUUGCUUGACCUGCGGCCUCAGCCCCCAGCCUGCAUUUCCUGCGCAGACUGCGACCUCCGGGGGGUCCCGGGAACCCUCAGGCUGCGGGGGCCAGGCUGCCUGGCUGCGACCACGUCUCCUCGCUUCUCUCUGAAGAGAAAAAGCAGCUCCUCUGUCUCCAGCUCCCUGUCCUCACCGCUGCGGCCAUGUGCAGGUGGACGUCACCUGCUCUCCUCACCUUGGGGUCCAGGGCUCCCUCCCCGGGGGCUGCUUCUGGUAUCGAGGUUGAGCGUACUCCAAACUUAGUGCCCUCGCCCUCCUCAGCCCCACGCGGCCGGCCACACAUGCACGACCGUCCCCCGAAGCCGAGCGUGCCCCACAGCCCCUGACCCACAGAGCCACACUGCAGUGUGUGACUCCGAAAAGAGCAACAGGACGGUUGUCCCUUCUGCUGCCCUCUUAGCUCACUCCAGAAGGGCUUUUAGAGACCCAUCUCUAGGACCGUGUCCGCCCCCACUGGUUUCCGCUUCCAGACAGGGCCAGGGCUCUGUGCUGUGACGACGCCCGUGCACAACUGGAAGCGCCAGGGUCACAUCUCGGACCAGGGAGGAGGGAGCGCUCCGCUGCAGAACAGGGUUUUGCUUCCCUGUGCAGAUGAGGGGCGUUCCCAGCGCCGUCGCCACCAGGCCCUGCUUGUCCUGCCGCUUCCAGACUCCUCUCCGUGGGCCACGUGUCCUUAGCAGCUGCAACACGAGGCCCCGUCAGCCGGGCAGGCUCCGGAUCAGCAGAGCUGAGAACUGGCUUCUCCGAGGGUCUCUGCCACCCUCCCAGGCUCCUUCCAGGCCACCCCAGCCCCUGACUCCAUCCGCUGACCCCUUUCCAAGUCUGUUCAGAUUGAGUUCUCCUGUUUGUCACCAUGAAUCACUCCACCCAGCUCAGUUGGGGCUUAACGUUACCUUGGAAAUUGGCCAAACAAGAGAGCCCACCACAAGGGUCCUCCAUCGGGGAGCGUGGCCUGGGGCCGCGCUGCUCUCCCUCGUGAGCCUGUGGGUCACUCCCACAAUGCCCGUGUCCACCGAGGAGGCCGUCGCCUGCCCUGGCCUCGUGCUGCCUGUUGCUGGACCCACGUGCUCUCCAUCCCCACGGGCGCCCCUUCCCCACCUCCCCUCCGGCCCGACAGGUGGACACACACUCCCCGUGGGUUGAGGCUGGGAAAACAGACGCCAUGGCCUCACUUCUCUCCCGGGUGUGGUGAAGGCCGUGGGGCUGGGGGUUGUGUCUGCUGGCGUAAGCAGUGUGCACCACGGAAAACGUCAGGACUGGGUUCAAAGCUCUGUUUCCCAUUGCAGCAGCCGAGGGUGCUUGUCUGCCUCUCCAACCCAGAAGUCUUCUUGGAGAGAAAAGUGACAAGCAGCCAAAUGGCCAUAAGGCUGGGGGGCUCCUCAGCCAGGGGAGGGGAUGGGGAUGCGAGGGCUCAAUAGUCUCCCAGGUUGCUCACCGUGCUGGGGGCUUUACUCUAAAUUCCAGAGGGAGGAUCGAAAGAGCCCACAGCUCAGAUUUCCAAAGAAAGUUACGGACAUUUAUGUAGACUGGUGCUGUAAAAUAUUUUGAUAAAUGUUAACUUAUUUUGUUGGGGUUUUGGUUUUCUGCUGUUUUCUUGGGACCUGUUAGCUCUUUGUUUUGUUUUUUUUGUUUUUGUUUUUGUUUUAGUUUUUGUUUCUGUUAUUCUUCUACAUGUGCAAAAAACUUCAGGGAAGGAGAUCAUCCAAGAAAGGAGGGAGGGGAAAGAGAAGAGUUUUGUGUUUUUUCCUCCACACUUUUAUUUCUCUUCCUGCUGAAAUUUCAGUGGAAGACGGCACCCUGCAGACUGGAUGUUCGCAGUUGCCACUUCAUUUAGCCACACAGAUCGUGCCCAGAAGGUGUAUUCCCCGUAAAGUUUCUCAUGACAGGGUUGAGUUCCCUGCCUCCCCCGGAGCCUUAAAGUACUAGAGAGAGAUGCUGGGCUUCCUAGGAAUGGGGGCCCCAUCCCUCCGGCUUAGGAAAGGAGCCCUCAGGGCGGUGGCAGUGCAGGGAAGGAACGGUGAAGGGGCUCAGCCUGGGAAUUUUGACAGGCUUUUCCUCCUCCCAUUCCUCCCUCCUCCCCCUGCAAUGAAAAUGUAAACACACACUUUUCUUGCUCACACACGCAGGCAAAUAUCCCAAACGUGACUGACUAUCCCCACUGCAUCAGUGUCACUCGGUGUUUCCCUGCCUCGCCAGCCUGCGCGUUUGUCCCCAUCUGCAGCAUCUGCUUUAUCUCUGCACCCGAGGCAGACACCUGCGUGGAGAGGGUCAGCUCCCCCUCCUGGCUCCCGGGACACCCCAGCCACCAGCCUCUGUCUGCAGAGGGGUGAGGGGGGCGGGGGUAGCAAGGCCCAGGGGCAGGGGUGAAAGGAGCAGCUUACAGGCCUGUGCCCCCCCCCCCUUGGGGCAUGAGUGGGGACCCUGGCUCCACACCCCCCACCCUCCUGGAACAGAAACUCCCCUACAGCUGAGCUUUGUGCAAGUCAAUUUGUUUUACAAAUUCACACUGUUAGAAUUGCUCAGACCCUCCUUGACUUUGGCUUUGUUUUUGCAGCAGCAAAACAUGCUGUCACCUGCUGGGGGCUGGGCCUUCCCGCCCACCCCAGGCCAAGCCGCUCACCAAUGCCCUUCCACCUGUGGCCCAGCCAGGGCCUGCGCAUGGACGUGCCGUGCUUGCUGGUCUCCAUUUCCUGGGGGUGGGGGGGGGGCAGGUGGCAAUUCUCCCAACCCUGCAGAGCUGGUGGGUUCUAGUCCCACAUUGUUGGGCCUCCAGCCUGAAGUCUGGGAAACCUGGGAGCCGGGGCAGCAAGCAGGACAGCAGCUGGGUCCCCUGCAGGUGAGGCCGUGGGCGUGGCGAGGGCGUCAUUGCUGGGAGAGAGACGCUGCCCUUCCUUUAUGUUUUUACACAGACACGUGUUCUCUUCCUUUAUAAUAACAACCAACAAUUCUGUGGGCUCCCAGGACUCCUCAGCAUGAAGACAGGGCCAGGGUCUCCCUGCCCCUCCCAGCAUGGAUGCAUGGGGGGGGCACCCCUGCGCUCUGGCGUCCUCCUGGCCCCCGGAGCAUGAACUUGCUGCGAGUGGGCACCACUGCCCGGAAGUGGAUCUGUUAAGCUUCGAAUGGAACUGGUAUACCCCCGGGAACCACUGUGUCUGACUUAAAAUAUACCCUUUCACCAUUGUCAUGAGCGUAUCAUGCACAAGGCUCCAUAGGGAAAGCAAGCUGGACCUUUUUUCAGACUGUUGCGGACUUUUUUUUGGCAAUGAAAUGCUUUAUUGAUCCAAAGGUGCAAGGAACUAACUACACUCCGUAUUUCAUCAUUGUCACUAGGAUGCCUGCUGUGUUUUUCAGGCAGAAAAGAUGAGCUUUCAUAUCCACCACUCUAAAUCAAAGUCUUUCUGUGCCCACUGCUCCACAGAACAGCAUUGCUCUCUUGGGGAAAUGGAUGGGCUGAGUGUCAGGGCCCAGUUAGCAGGGAGCCCUUCCAUAACAUCCCAUCUGUGUGUGCCGGCCGUGAAUCCACGACAGCAGCAGGAAGCAAGCCUGGGCAGAUGCCUUCAGACCUUAAUUUAUUAACAAGGCCCAUGACUUUGUGUUUCUUGAUGACAAACGUUUAUGUUUGGGGACUUCUUUUUCCCAUUUGAGAAGUUGUAAUAUUUAUAAGUUUCCUGCUUAAGCUGUGCCUUUCAGCUUCAAAGGGUUUCAGGAACACUAAGGGUGAUGAUAGUCACGAGGGUUGGUUUAUUCUCAAACCUGGAAUAGCUGUGGUUUCUCCAGUAAACUUUUCUUCUACUGAACAAGGAGCCAUUAUUAAAAGAGUUGUGUUUUUUUAUUAUGUAUAUUGUAUAAUAUUUUUUUGCUUGCUUGGACCUUAUAUUUUUCUAAUAGUUUCUUAUAUAAUUGUGAUACUAUAUUUAGUUUCUGAUGCUAACUGCAAGUCGGGUUGGUCUCUGCUGGUCCCUCCUGGGUUUUUUUUUGUUUUUUUUUUGCUUUUAAGGACAAACGUAGUUAUCAUCCGUCGCCUUUAAAAAAUGUGAACCUCUGUGUCCCAUUCAUGCCAACAACUUCCUGCCAUACUUUAUGUUGUAAAAUCAAACUAUUUUUGGUACAUUAUCUCAUGCUUCUCCAACUUCUAAUAAAUUAUGUCUGGCUUCA